AUGCAACUCAUACCGCCAUUUGCUCUCCUGCUAUUGAGUGCGGGCUUUAUUUGCUCAGCAACAGAAUACGAAAAUUCCUCUCUGGAAGCACCGACACAUCCUAGCAAUGACAAUGAAAAUAACCAUGACAUCCUCCGACGAAACUACGAAAUCGAGUCCCGACUCGCCCAAACGCCCAUCCAUGGCCUGAGAAAAAUGAGCCCCGAUGAAGGCGAGAAGUUCUUUCUGGAUUACUGGAGUUUCGGGACCGAGUCUCAAGACUUAUUACGAGAAGAUGCUCCAACCAAUGAUACCGUGGAUGAGGAUCUUCCUUUGAAUCUUUUUCAUCCUAGAUCAUAUCCCUUCCAACAUUCAUUUCCACUUGAAGCCAGUCAUGGUUUUCUGGGGUCGAGGGAUUUUAAGUGUCCGACUGGUACACUUGCCUGUACAUCGAUUGGGCGGUCCGAUCGGUGUUGUAGUAUCGGGGAUGCGUGUGAGCAUGUUCGGGAUACGGGAUCAGGAGAUGUAGGAUGUUGUCCGAAUGGGGAGACGUGCUCUGACGUAGUAGGGACUUGUCCUGGCCAAGAGACGACUUGUUCUGAGGAAUUGGGGGGAGGGUGCUGUAUACCGGGAUAUGAAUGUGUUACAGGUGGCUGCGCUCUUGUCACCGUCAUUACUGUGACUAUCCAAUCGACUGUGGUGUUGUCUACAAAGACAUAUUCCACCGCUCCGCAGAGUCUUUACUCGUCCGUGUCCACUGGCAGUACAGCAACUACUAACACGGCAACUACUGAAAGUCUGGCACCGCCAGCGCGACCGACGGGGAUAUCAACUUCCACGAAACAAACCACUAGUAGUGUGAGUGUUUGUCCGACGGGGUUCUAUGCAUGCUCCGCUGUUUAUGGUGGUGGUUGCUGUCAGACUGGACGAGACUGCGAUACAACCUCGUGCCCUACCUCGCGGUCGACGACAUUUACUUCAGAUGGAGUGACGAUUGUUAUACCCGUUACGACAGGAAGUGGGACAAGUAGCGGAAGUAUAGGGAAGUGCGCUACGGGUUGGUUCAGCUGUGCCGAUACCGUGGGGGGUGGAUGUUGCCCUUCAGGGUAUACCUGUGGAUCAAGUUGUACGGCUGGGGCGUCAAAGACAACGGUUGCCAAGGAACAAGCAACAGCGACCAGCGGUGGGAACAAAUUGAAGAUUUCAUGGGGACUAGGAUUAGGAUUGGAACCGGCAGUUCGUUCCUGCGGUGAGAAAGCUAUCCGAAUUCAUCACCGAAUCUCGCCGACACCGGCUAAUCUCAUCUUCUAUUCUCCUCUUCUUUUCAUCGCUUUGUAUGUCUUCAUUUUUGCCGAUAAUUAA